AGACAAUAAAGCUGAGUUGCACAAAACAUCGAAUUAGGUCCUUCAUGCAGAUGAGUUGAUCUUCGUAUGCUCCACAUUUUUGCUUACCUUAGUACUAUAUAUACAGAAUCCUAAUUAACAAGAACAAACAACUCAGCUGCAUAAACUGAAAACAAUCAUAUUAUGGCAGAUCUGAAAUCCGUUCUUUCCCAAGUGCUUUUGAGUAUCCUUAUAACUAUAUUGCUGCAAAGGCAAGUAAUUGAAUCUCAGGGUCAGCCGCAGACAUGCUUAGCAUCACUUGGGAACCUGAACGUCUGCUCCCCAUUUGUGUUACCAGGAACAUCUAAUACGACUCCUACCACAGAGUGUUGUGCUGCCCUCCAAUCACUGGAUCAUGAGUGCAUAUGCAAUACUGUUCGUGUUGCUGCCCGCCUUCCUUCUCACUGCAACCUUCCUCCCAUCUCUUGUACUCGUCAUCACUAGUCAUUUUAGCAAAUUGAAUAUGUUCCAAAGAAGUGUUUGUUCAAGUAGUGGAGUGUGAGUUUCAACUUUCAAGAAAUAAUCAUAUGUUAGGAAAAUUAGGAUUUU